GGUGGAAGUGUCAGACCAUGGACGAUGUUCAAGACAAGCCGGGUGCGUCGAAAGAAAUGUGCUGCAACGGUCUCGGUGUAGGUGGCAUUGACAUCUGAGCUUCUGCAAAAUCCUCUGAUCAGCUUCUCUUUCGGCACAACGUACACUAUGUGAGUAUUUGUCCUAAAGAAAGCAAGGAGCGGCUCGAACGUUGUUGACCACUCCUUCUCACAUACCUGGCCUUCAGGUCGCAACGGUCUGCGUGAUCAAUGUGCUACAGCUCCUGCUAUCCUGGACGACGACCAUUCCCGACACGAUCCUUGUGGCCAUUGCCAUUCAAGUCUGUGUAGGUCUGCAACAGCUACAGUGCGAACAGGAUGCUGCGCACGGUCAUCAGUCUUUCCGACCUACAGCAAACGAGGGUGGACCACGCGCUAUGAAUGGACCCUCGUCCAAUCUGUUCAAGCGGGGGACAGCUCGCAGUGCUCAGGGCAAAAGUUUCGCAGGUCCCCACAGAGGCAGAGAAAGCCAGCCUUCUACCGGUGGCAUGACUCAGCAGAGACAGAUUCAGGAGCCAGGCGGACUCGCAAGUAGGUCGGCCGCAAGGUGGAACGCCGGUAGUACAUUCGCGGCCAACAAUAUGCAUGCCGGCACAGAUCAAGAGGCGAUGUGCCUCUCUGAGCGCUCCUUAGCUACCGACGUUUGCUCGGUGUUUCCCUCUGAAGACUGUGAACUUGAAAGUCGCAACGAUGCAGGCAGCAGGCGGUUCAGUGAACACCAGCUGCAUCCCGCAGAGACCACCCAGCGCGGCGAGGCAGAGAGCGAGGAAAUGAACAGUGCUUAUAGUCUCGCCAGAUUGCGUAGGCAGACCCGGGAUGGUCUACAGAUGGAGUAUGUGAGCAGCACCAGGGGAUCGAACCACUCUUGCUGGUCUCCCGACGGUGCCUUUGUUAGGGAGGUCAACGCAAGCGAUGUCGUAAGAAUGGGCUGAUGUGGGCGACCAAGGAUUGCCUCUGGCCUGGAGGUUCAGCUGGAGAUGAUGCGCUUUGCUUUGUAUGAGAGUCUGCUGUAUUUUUGCAGUCGUUCAUGCUUGAACACAGUCAUUUCCAGUCUGUGGCUGCGAUGUCUCUCUCUCUCUUGGCCUGGUAGACGAUGGACCCGGUAGGG